GCGCCCUCUGGGCGGAAGACUCUACCUGAGCCCCCGCGGUGCGCAGCUGAGCUGACAGCCUACCUGCGGGAGCUUCUGACCCGUGGAGGACCUUGCACUUUCAGGCUCGUCCCUGCUGUCCGGGGGCACUGAUAGGCAGGGCAUGACGGAGACGUCUAUUUACUCCGAAGUCUUCCACAAGCCCCUGGUGCUCAGUCCCCGCGACGUGCACACCGAGCUGCGGCAGUCCCGGGAGGAGGCAGAGAUUGAGGAGGUCCGCGAACCAGUUGAGGGCUGCAGGCGCGCCGAGGGACCGCAGUCGGAGCAAUCCCCCAACCCCCACAGACCCCGGGAGCCCAGCGGGCCCUACACCCGCGUACAGGCCCGCGAACGUGAUGCACCGGACCAGCCCAGUGAGUCCCAGGCAUCUCACAAGCCCCGAGGGCCGCACGCGCCCAAGCUCUGCAGGGCCCAGCAGCCCCGGGAGCCCCGCAAGGCCGCCCAAGCCAAGCUGCUUCCCAGCACCGCCGCGGUGAUCCAUCCAUCUCUGAUCGCCAGGUGCCCGCCCGGCCUUCAGCUGUCUGUUCUAAGCGCUGACCCUGAUUCCUACAAGUUCAUAAGGAGAUGUUUUUUUUCUAGAAAGAGAAUGCAAGAUCUUUCUAGGCCUAAAAGACAAUGGGGAACUCCAGAGAGAAGACUGUUUUGGGGAAACCAAGAUCCCAUCUGCCCUGUUUCUGAGAGCUCUUUGUCGGCUCGGCUGUCGAAGAGGCUUAACAACCUUGCCCAGCCCAAGAAGGUAUCCCACCACUACAUACCCAACAGGGAUCAGUUCUACUACAGCUGUGGAAGGGAGUCAGUGAUUUGGAAGAUCCCUCCCCUGGCGUUGUUCAGCCAGCCCUCCACAAGGAUCCAGAGGCUGGCUCAGCCCAACAGAUUCAAAAGACAGCAUCAACAAAACAGUGAUCACUUAGCACGACGGACUCUUCACUACUCUGAUCCUUCUCCCCGGAUUUUGCGGCUCUCAAUAGCCAAGGGCACGGAUCCAAACUACGUUCCUCCAAGAAGCAUUGAGACAAGAAUUUCUACUACUACCCUGAGUGCUGUUGCAACUCCAAGGAUUAUAGACCUGGCCCACCCAAGGAUCAAGUUGGAGGGUCUGUGCUAUGAGAGAGAAAGAAGUGAAAUGCCCAUCCGUCCUGUAACCCCUGCAGCCUUGUGUGCCACACCGAGCCGCCGAAUAACUGCUCUAGCUCAGUCCAAGCCGCUUCAUGAAGACUACCUGCCCGCCCGUGAUGCCCGAUGGCCGGUGUCUUAUGCUGCUACCCAUUCUAAAGCAUCUCCCAGGAUUCAGGAACUAGCCAAUCCAAGUUCAAGGGGUCCCAUGCAUAUCGUGUACUACGACCCUGAUGUUUUUAAAGUCAAGCCGGCUGCUCUGAAAGCACAAUGCUCAGCACGGGUCCAGAAGUUGGCGGAACCUCUCGAACGUUAAACGGAGAAGACCACGCCAGUCAGACCCUGGCUACGUGUCUGGGAUAUGUAUCGGGUAACUUAGUUCCUCACCCUGGUAUUGUCUGUCUUCCUUCUCCAACUGGCCCCCAAAUAUGAGACCUCGCACAGAACGCCCCUGCAAGCGUCAACAGCAACUGCUGCUGGACCUGUGG